AUGGGAAAUUCUGUAUCAGCCGAAGCUGGUGUUAAAGUGCCGAAUGUUAUUAAUAACUCAGAUCCUCCACCAGAAUGCCCCAUGCAUAAAAAAUCAGAAGGAAAACCAGAGGAACCAAAAAAAGUCUCCGAGUGUCCUAUUCAACACGGCAAUGACAUUAACCCAUAUAACAUGAUGCCACCGGCUAACCAGCAGCCUGCCCCAGAUCAACCAUUUGAACUACCCACACAGCGUCAAGUGUCUACCAUACCUCGUGCAAUGCCUGAUGGUUCUACAGAGUUCUGGGUUUACCCUAGCCAGCAAAUGUUUUGGAAUGCUAUGCUCCGUAAAGGUUGGCGCUGGAAGGAUGAAGACAUCAAGCAAAAGGACAUGGAGGAUAUAAUAAAAAUACAUAAUGCCAAUAAUGAACAGGCUUGGCAAGAGGUUAUGAAAUGGGAAGCAUUACACGCUAAAGAAUGUGGACAUCCAAGACUAAAAAGUUUCGGAGGCAAAGCUACAGAAUACAGCCCCAGGGCGCGUAUUCGUUCUUGGCUUGGGUACGAAUUGCCAUUUGAUAGACACGACUGGAUCGUUGACAGAUGUGGAAAAGACGUUCGAUACGUAAUUGAUUAUUAUGAUGGUGGAGAAAUUGAUAACAAGUAUCAAUUUGCUCUUCUUGAUGUCAGGCCUGCGCUUGACUCCUUCGAGAAUAUGUGGGACAGGAUGAAAGUCAUGUACAUGAGAUAUCGCUAUGAACUAAUUGGCUCUAAAAAAACUACGAAGCUGACUAAUUAA